UUAUAACAUAUUUAUUAAUAUUAAAAUAUAUUUUCAGUGACCUAACUGGGUGAUCAAAAUGAGUAUGGUUGGAUGUUUUGGAGAUUGUGGACAGGGUGACCCCAAACCUGCCUCCCCUAAACCCGGAGUUCAGAAACUAGGGAUGAGUGUGGUCUUCCAUCCUCCGAUUCAAACAGUGUUUAGAGAGAAAGAACCAACAAAAUGGUAUACGGAUAUGAUCAACUCACUAGCAGCCCUAGGUUCGGAUCCAAACCAGUUAAACCAGUUUGGUGAGGCGCCAUUGUGUAUGGCCUCCUAUAGGGCUCAGGGUUUGAUCGUGCAAGAGCUUUUGCAGAGAGAAAACAUAAACGCGAACAUCAAAGGAAAACAUGGGAGAACACCUCUCUAUCUGGCAGCAGAAGAAGGACAUAUAUAUAUCGUCAAACUUCUUCUUCUACAUCCGGAAAUUGAUGUGAAUUGCAGAAAUGCCCCACGUGGCGCGACUCCUUUAAUGGCGGCCAGUCGGAGAGGACACUCCCGUAUUGUGGAACUUCUGCUCCAGCAUCCAAAUAUUAUUCCUGAUGAAUCAGACUUUGACGGGAAUAAUGCGUAUCAGCAUGCAAGAACUGCAAGCGUGAAAUGUAAAUUGCAUUCUCAUUCAACAAGAAGUAGGAGUCUGGAAAAUGUAAUUCCGACGAGGCUGACCUCUAGAAACCUUUGCCAUGUCUCUAACUCGUCAUCAUCAUCUUCUUCAUCAUUAAACUCUGUAGGAGAAUCUGCUAAGAGAAUUCAUGCUCGAAACCACUCCUAUCCAACAGAUACAUCUGCAGAAGAACUUCCAAUUCUUCCUCAAUCCUUAGCUCCACUUAGCCAGCCUUUGGAGGAAGACAUUACGGAGGAUGUCGUAUUUGAACAGAAAGUUCACGAGGAUCAGCAGUUGCUAGAAGGAGCUGAAAUUGCACUUCCAGGUUUAACAAAAGAAUCACAAACUAGAUCCGAGUCUACACUUGAAGAACCUCCAGAACCGCAUGAAGAUGUGGCACCUAAUGUAAAGAAAGACAGUAAACCGCGGCAAGGGACUGAAUCUCUGCAUCCGUUAGAAUAUUCGUCAAUAACCAGUUCACACCAGUCUCCAAAAGACAAAAAGCGGAGUUCAAACGAAAAAUCAGGAUCCGUUUCUCCACGGGCAAAAUUCUUCCGCCAUUUUGAAUCGAAUCUAUCUCGAACCAGUUUAUCCGGCUCUAAAGCUAGCCUUCAGUCUAGUCCAGACUCUCCUUCUAGAUCUCCUCUCUCAGCUCUCGCCAGAGCCAGGAAUAUCUUUCAUUUUGGAGAGGGAGGUAUGCCUGAGAAGUAAACACUUAGAUAACUUAUAUAUAUUGAAUCCACGUGACCGAGCUAAAAGCUGUAGGAGUUGUGUUAUGGCUCAAUAUCUAUUCAUAAAAUGCUAUGUCUGGAGUGAUUUUUAGAGGUCAACCCCUAAACACACGGUUAUCUAUGACUAAGACUUUUGAUGGAGGUCAAGGUUGUCAAGGUGAUCUUGGAGUUGUAGACUUUGAGAACCGGCAGAUGCAGUUCCGGAGGCAAUGAAUGUUAUAUCGGAGGCUGCCUAUACCUCUGAUGUUUCGGGGGCCAAGGAUGCCUCAGAGGCUAUUAUGGCUAUAUCUGAAUCUCCGAACUCUGGUCCUAAGGUUACGUAUGCUAUAUCGGAGGUUAUUAAUGCUGUAUCGGAGGUUACUAAUGCUGUACCGGACGCCAAUGCAUUUAUCUGAAGAUGCUGUAUUGGUGGCUUGGAAUACUGCAUCGAAAACAACUGAAUUGGUGUUUCGGAGAUAAAGAAUGCUGCAUUGGAGGCAAUUGACGCUGUUUUGAGGACGGCUACAUUAGAAAUUACUAUAUUCUAUGCUGUUUCGGAGGCUAUAAAUGCUGUGUCGGAGCCGUUGCUGUGUAGGAUGCUACGAAAUGAUGAAUAAGAGGCUAUGGAUUCAGUAUCAAAGGUCAGUGAUGAUGGUUUAGAGGCUGCAGAUUAUGUGUCGGAGGCCAGUGAAACUGUCUCAAAGAAUUGAAGAAAAAGACUCCAGCGCAUUAUUAAUGUGAUAUAAAUUGUGAAAGCUUAAAACAUAAAACUGUUAUUUAGGAUUUCAGCAAAUCUGACUUUGUUGAAAACAUGAUUCAACAAAUGAAAAGUGAUCUACGAAGGUUUAAGAAAAA